AUGGCCGAGGCGGCAAAGGCAAAGGGGAAGAAGUUCGUCAAGAAGACCAAGCAGCCAGUGCGCCUGUAUGCCAAGGGCUUGAUCCUGGGCUACAAGCGCAGCAAAUCCAACUGCUAUGCCAAUUGCACGCUGCUGAAGAUUGAUGGAGUGCGUACCAAGGAGGACACACAGUUCUACAUUGGGAAGAGGGUCGCCUAUGUGUACAAGACCAAGAAGGAGGUGAAGCACUCCAAGUUCCGAGUGAUGUGGGGUAAGGUCCGCCGCUCCCACGGUAAUUCCGGCGUUGUGAGAGCCAAGUUUGUCAAGAACAUUCCGCCCAAGGCCUUCGGAGCCCCAUGUCGAGUGAUGCUUUACCCCAGCAGUUGGCUCAGCUGGGAGGCCGAAAGCGGGACUAGUCAAGCUCAAGCCAUGGCCGAGGCGGCAAAGGCAAAGGGGAAGAAGUUCGUCAAGAAGACCAAGCAGCCAGUGCGCCUGUAUGCCAAGGGCUUGAUCCUGGGCUACAAGCGCAGCAAAUCCAACUGCUAUGCCAAUUGCACGCUGCUGAAGAUUGAUGGAGUGCGUACCAAGGAGGACACACAGUUCUACAUUGGGAAGAGGGUCGCCUAUGUGUACAAGACCAAGAAGGAGGUGAAGCACUCCAAGUUCCGAGUGAUGUGGGGUAAGGUCCGCCUUCGGAGCCCCAUGUCGAGUGAUGCUUUACCCCAGCAGUAUCUGAGCUUGCUAUCCAUUGUAGAUGCGACACUUCAAGCCGACCUUCCCUGUGAGCAUAACGAGAAAUAUGGUCGGCUGCGCUUGCAUGCAGUUUCGGGUUCUGUCCGUAUGGCUGAACGUCUAGCAACGCGUGCACGACCCUUUUCUUUACAGCCCUUUGGCUUCAAGCUCCUGCUGCGGAUGCUUCCACGGCUGGGGCUCGGGGAAAGCGAGAGGGCUUGUGGCACUGCAACGGGGAUGCCCUCCACCGCGAAGCAUAGCCAGGGCGAAAGUUCACAGUUUGCUGGGCGGGUCACGUGCGUGUCCUUGGACUGGGCUUCACCGAUGGCAGACAAAGGACACCUCGAUGAAGCAAGCGAUGACUCAGCCAAGGAAAACCAGCUGCCGGUGAAGAAUACCUUCAUCCACUUCGCGAGUCCUGUCAGGACGCCACAUACUCAAGCCACGCCGAAGACGGUACCGCCACAUUUCGCCCCGGAGGAGGUAGGCGCUGACGAAGCUGGCUCUUCGGAGCCUGGGAUCGCUCCACUUCGCCUCUUCGAUUUCUUGCCGUCUCCACAGGCCCAGAACUUGCAGCCAUUGCGCCCAACGCAGCCUCGCGCCCCGCCUCAACUCCAGGCGGAAGCAAUCACAGCCAUGGCGGCUUUCCAUGCGGUUCAUGCGAUAAUGUCUUCUAUGCCGCCGCUGCCGCAGCUGAGUUCUGGAGGGGCCCCUGCGUUCCAGACACAGGGCCCUUCCUGCGAGCUUUGGCCUCCGGAGCCCUGCGCCAUGCCGUUCGAUGGUCCUCAGCCGGAAAAUUCCAUGAUGUACACAGAUGGAGGCGGUUCGCUCGGUGGGGCUUCCCAGGUCGCUGUUGAGCGUUCCCUGGUAUGCACAUGUCAUGUCCUGAGCAAGGAAAACAUAGCCUAG